AUGCGGGGGCCGUGGUGCGCGCUGCUGUGCUGCUGCUGGCUGUGGCUGCCGGCCGCGGGGGUGGGCGGGGGCGGCGAGGGCCGCGUGCUGGCCGGCGAGCCGGUCGACAUCUCCGAGUUCCCGUGGCAGGUGUCUGUGGAGUACGUGGGCGCGCACCGCUGCGGCGGCUCCGUCGUCAGCGCCGGCUGGGUCAUGACGAACGCGUGGUGCGUGGUGGGCGGCAAUCCCGUGUACUACCUGCUGCGCGUCGGCACGUCGACGCGCGGCAGCGGCGGAGACACCUACAACGCCAGCCGGCUGCUCUGGCACGAGGACUUCGACAACGCCAUCUCCGACAAAGACAUCGGCUUCUUCGAGGUCUCGGAAGCCAUCUGGUUCGACGACAACGUUCAGCCCGUGGCGCUGGCGGAGGAGGAGCCGUCGGCGGGCAGCCAGGUGACGGUGUCGGGCUGGGGCAGCGUGGACGCGGGCCAGGGCUACCCGGUGCAGCUGCACGCCGUCAACACGACCGUGCUGGACCGCGACGCGUGCAACGCCACGUUCGAGGGCCAGCUCAUCACCGAGGACAAGAUCUGCACGGCCGGGCCCGACGGCGGGCUCGACUACUGCAACGGCGACUACGGCGGGCCGCUGGUCGCCAACGGCACGCAGUACGGCGUCGUCUCCUGGGGCUACGGCUGCUACUACCCGCAGUACCCGGGCGUCUACACCAACGUCGCCUCGCUGCGCUCCUGGAUCAACGACACCAUCGGCGUCUAGCCCGUUCUCCUCUUCUCGCCUUUCCGCGUUCACAAAUUUACCUCGCGUUUCCAGACGCGUGCACGUACGCCGAUGUCGGCGAGUACACUCUACGACAUAUUCGUUCGACUGUAUCUAAAUGUUUUACUGUACUUUUUUAAUACAAUUCUUCCGCCGGUCAACACUCGUAGCGAAAUAAAAGAAACGCAGCAUUUUUCCUCAGACUGCAGAACUGACCUAUAUGGGAGAUAUAUUUAUCGAGAGGGCGCAGCCACUGUGGAGUCUGCGAGUGGCACAGUUAGAGUAGGUUCUCUGAGUAACGAAAAGAAUAAACUACUGUAAUAUGUCUCAUUUUAAAUCCGGCUGUAUAAAUUUCGUUAUUUAAUUAAUGGGUGAAUUAUAGCAAAUUCUGCAGUCUGGAAGUUAUUAUAAUAUCUACAAUUCAGGAAAGUGAAGUGCAUCAUUUAGUGUUACGUUCUUACUCGACACCAGAGAUGAGGGACUUACCAAAACAGUAAGUCACUAAAUUUCGUCGAGUACCUCUCGUAAUCAAGAAGGGCUUUUAACGUACUAUAGUUUUUGUGGGGCCAAUAUUUUUAAACGCGGAGAAUUCUGCAAACAAACGCACUUGCUGGUUGUUGUUUACAGGAAGGCUUACGUCAUAUUCGGUGUUACAUAAAAACGAGUAAGUGGGUCCUUGGAAAUUCGUAGUAAAAAAUUUUGGAACCAGAGGAUAUUGAGAUAUCCACAAAUUAAC